GCCUGUCUGUAGGGGGGCGGCCGUGGCCCAGCACAGCCCCGGGCCGGCGCCGGGGGGCGGGUCGGGGGGCGGGUCGGGGGCCGGCCGGACUCCAUGUCCCAGGCGCCCCGGGGCCGUAGCGGGUUGUGCCGGGGAGGGAAGGAGGGAGGAUGCUGCGGGCGGGCUGCCGCGCUGCGCUGUCCCGCCGCCCCCCGCAGGGCUCCGCGCCUCGCCGCGGGGCCGGAGAGCAGCGCCCCGGGGGGGCAGAGGCGGCGGCGGCCGGGGAGAGCCUCAAGCGGACGCCGCUGGACGCGCUGCACCGGUCCCGAGGCGGGCGGAUGGUGCCGUUCGCGGGCUGGAGCCUGCCGCUGCACUACGAGCAAGGCCACCUCCAGUCCCACCUGCACACCCGCCGCCGCUGCUCCCUCUUCGAUGUCUCCCACAUGCUGCAGACUCGUGUGUACGGCCAGGACCGCAUCAGGUUCAUGGAGAGCCUGGUGGUGGGGGACAUCGCUGAGCUGAAGCCAGGACAGGGCACCCUAACACUGCUCACCAACGAGAGAGGUGGCAUCGUGGAUGACCUCAUCGUCACCAACACACUGGAAGAUCACCUCUACGUGGUGUCCAAUGCCGGCUGUGCUGACAAGGACUUGGCCAUCAUGAGGGGCAGAGCUGCAGAGCUGCAGGCCACCGGCGGUGACAUCCAUGUGGAGGUGUUGGACAACGCUCUGCUGGCUCUGCAAGGUCCCUCCAUGGCACGGGUGCUGCAGGCGGGGCUGUCAGAUGACCUAGCCAAGCUCUCCUUCAUGAACAGCAUCACCACAACGGUCUUUGGCGUGCCAGGCUGCCGGGUCACGCGCUGCGGCUACACUGGCGAGGAUGGCGUGGAGAUCUCAGUGCCCGCAGGGCGGGCAGUGGAACUGGCUGAGCAGCUGCUGGGUGUCCCGGAGGUGUGGCCGGCAGGGCUGGCAGCCAGGGACAGCCUGCGCCUGGAGGCCGGGCUCUGCCUCUAUGGAAACGACAUCGACGAGACCACCACCCCUGCUGAGGCUGGGCUGAUGUGGACCUUGGGGAAGCGCCGGCGCGCGGCCAUGGACUUCCCUGGCGCAGGAAUCAUCAUGGCACAAGUGAAAGAGAAGCCAAGACGCAAGCGCGUGGGGCUGACGUCGGUGGGACCCCCCAUACGGCCCCACAUGGCCAUCCUGGACCCCGAGGGCACUCCCGUGGGCACUGUGACCAGCGGCUGCCCCUCGCCCUCCCUGGGCAAGAACAUCGCCAUGGGUUACGUGGAGGCAGUGCACAGCCGGGCUGGCACCACACUCACCGUCGAGGUGAGGAAGAAGCAGCACCCGGCCCUCGUCACCAAGAUGCCCUUCGUGCCCACCCAGUACUACAUGGCCAAGUGAGGCCAACGCCUGCUGCGGGCACAGUGCCCCAGCCCCAAUAAAUGUCCCUGCCCCAGU